AUGAAGCUCGCCAUUCUGUCCCUCCUCGUGCUGGCGAGGGAUACCUUCGUCGGCCAGGCUGCCAAUUGCUCGGGCUCCCACAAUCUCACCGUCCAAACCUCCACGGGCACCUACACGGGACUUAUAGAUCCCAAGUUUCCGAAUACGCGCCAAUUCCGCGCCGUGCCGUUCGCGGAGCCGCCCGUGCUGUCACGCCGGUGGCUGCCGCCCCAGAAGCUUUCAUCGCCGCCGAGCGAACAUCACUAUGCGACGCAGUUCCCACCGUCGUGCCCGCAGUUCGUGACGGCGGUGCCCUCGAUAUGGGACUCGCCCUUGACCAAGGGUAAUCUAAUCUACAAUGGCAACCAAAAUGACUCGUCCGGACUGGUCGGUGAGGCUACAUCUGAGGAUUGCCUUUACCUGGCCGUGUGGACGCCCAAGGCCGCGGCCCCCGACGCCGGGCUCCCCGUCCUUUUCUUUAUGACCGGGGGCGGCCUCGAGAUAGGCGGCAUCAAUAUCCCGUGGCAGAUGCCAACUUCAUGGGUCGAGCGGUCGCAGUCACACAUUGUCGUCACCAUCAACUACCGCGUCAGCAUCUUCGGGUUUCCCCAUGCCCGCGGACUGGCAGGCGGCGAGCAGAAUCUCGGCAUCCUCGAUCAGCGUGCAGCACUGGAAUGGGUCCGCGACAAUAUUGCGGCCUUCGGCGGCGACCCGAAACGCAUCAUCCAGUGGGGCCAGUCCGGUGGUGCCGUCUCUACAGACAUUCAUGCCUAUGCCUACUACAAGGACCCCAUCGCCCGAGGGUACUUCAUCCAAUCCGGGCCGGCCAUCAAUCUCUCGCCGAAGAGUGAUCCGACAUAUUCCAACUUCAGCUUCGUGGCACGCAACAUGGGGUGCGUGGUCCCCUGCGGCGAUGACGACGAGGACGGCGCAGCGGAGCUCGAGUGCAUGCGCCGGGUGCCGUUCGCGCAGAUCGUGAACUUCGUCGGACAGUACGCUGACGCGGGCACGCAGCCCGCCAUGUCCUUUAUCGAAAAGGUCGACGGUCGCAUCGUUUUCGCCAACUACACGGCGCAGUCCGAGGCAGGCAAAAUCGCGCGCGUGCCGGCCAUCAUCUCGACCACGGCCAACGAGAUGUCGUCGAUCGUUCCGUGGCCGCUGGACAACCUGACCGCAGGCCCGUACCAGCCGUAUGUCACUUCUCUAGACAUUGCCUACGCGGUAUGUCCAACGUACAACUCAACCGUCUAUCGGAACCGGUUGGGCGCAGAUGUACCCGUCUUCCGGUUCCAGCAUGCGGGCACGUUUCCCAAUUUAAACCGCUACAAGUGGCUCGGCGCGUACCAUGCCAGUGACCUCCCGAUGAUCUUUGGGACGUAUCAUCUUCUGGACGGCGUAGCGAAUACCACCAGCUUCGAAGUACAGGUUAGUCGGUCUAUGCAGGACCAUGUCCUUGCCUUCGCAAAGGAUCCGUAUCAUGGACCACAGCAGACGAUGGGCUGGAACCCGAUGGUCGCUCUGAGUGAUCCCUAUGGUGGAGAUGUCAUCCGCUUUGGCGCCGACGGCAAAGUAUCACAGCACGUCAAUGGUGUCGAGAUAGAUGGUGUAUGUCAGGGAAUAGGAGAUUACAAUCCGUUCCCAUGA